AUGGAUCGAAAUGAGAAAGAAGAAAAGGCUUCUGCUCCACGUCUGAUUCCUCCCAUUGAUGGUUCAUAUCACCCAUCUAGAGCCAUCACGAAGAUUCCUGCAACCUCGUCCUUAGAAGAUAUUCUUGGAGUUCUUGAGCGAGAUGGUGGUGUUAUCUUGACCGAUUUUGUUUCAUCACAGACUUUGGACAAGAUUGACGAAGAGCUUGAGCCCCACACGAAGCCCAUUGCUAAUAAUGACUCAUACGAUAACUUCAUCGGCAAAAAUACUCUUGUCAUCCCUGGGCUGGUUGGAAAGUCCGACACCAUAGCCAAUAUCCUGGACACCAAUGAGACGAUAGAGAAACUUCUCAAAGUAAUUCUGGAGGAGAGAUACCCUGCAGUUUUUGAGCAGCAUACAGAAGACCUUGUAGUUGACCCGUUGUUGAGUAUUGCUAUGGCAUUUUACGUCCGCCAUGGCUCUCCACGUCAGGCAUUACACAGAGACGACAUGAUUUUCUCUAGCAAGCACCACCCAGAUAUGAAGAUCAAUGAAGUGGACGGUUUCAGCUGCUUCCUUGCUGGGACCAAAAUCACGCGAGAAAACGGCGGUACAAUGGUCAUUCUAGGCUCCCACAGGUGGGAACAUGACAGGCGCGGGAGGCCCGAUGAGGUUUCCUUCCUCGAAAUGGAACGAGGGUCUGCAUUCAUUUUCCUCAGUAACCUGGCUCAUGGUGCUGGAUACAACACUAUCCCUGGCGAGGUCCGGAAGAUUCUGAAUCUUGUGUUUUGUCGAGGAACUUUGCGUCAAGAGGAGAACCAGUUCUUGUGCAAUCCUCGAAGCAAAGUUUUGAAGAUGAGCCCUAAGCUGCAAACUCUGCUUGGGUUUAAAAAGCCAGCAGGUAGUUGGCUAGGCUUAGUUGAAAAUGAAGACCCUGCAAAGGACCUUGCUGCUGUUUACGAGAACUUACUUUCAUAG